AAGAAGGGAAGGAAAAACUCGUCUAGAGCAGUGAUCGCUCCUACUUAACCCAACCAAAGAUGAAUCCCAAUCGAGCUCUUAAUCUCCUCCCGUUCGUAGUAUCCACCAUUACUUUUUUCAAUGGAUUUGCUGUGGCGGAUCAUGAGAAUCUUCAGGACAUGUGCCCAACGACAACAUCGACUGUUCUAUUCAUGAAUGGAUACCCCUGCAAGAGCUCUGCAAACAUCAGUGCGUCGGAUUUCAAGAGCUCGAAGCUGAGCAUCCCCGGGGACACUGACAACUUCUACCGAUCAGCAGUGACCAUGGCCACUGCUGCGGACUUCCCUGGCCUCAACACACUCGGCCUCUCCAUUGCACGGGCUGACAUGGAGGUGGACAGCAUGGUGUUGCUGCAUUUGCACCCGAGGAGUGCAGAGAUGAUGUACGUGUUGAAAGGAGUGGUCAUAGCGGGGUUCAUCGACACGGAUACCAACCUGUUCCAGAAGCAGAUGAGAGAAGGAGAGGUGAUGGUAAUUCCAAGAGGGCUGCUCCAUUUCUGCUUGAACGACGGUUUUGAGGUGGCCACUGUUUUCUCAGUGCUCAACAGUCAGAACCCCGGCUCGGUCAGCAUCGCCGGUGCCAUGCUUCCGUUUCAACCCAACUCUGACGACGAAGAUGUGGUGAACAAGCUCAGGACCAGGUUGAUUGCGUCUUCCAUGGGUAAUCCUUUGCGUGGGUAAAUCCUACUUUGGGCCGGCUCUUAGUCACUCAUGUCUGGAUUUCUCUAUAGUUGGAAGCAUGAAACUGCAGCGUGCUCGCGUGUUUUUCUUAGGCAUGUAACAUGAUAUGUACAUCAACUCGAGACUCUUCGUAAAUGCCAGCAUUCCAGUGAUCUGUCUGAAGCUACAUCCAUGUUUAAAUAGCUAACAUUCCAGAUC